CACACACGGACAUGCACACCCAAGCAGGUAGGGUAGGCGGAGGCAGUGAGGCCGCUCCACGCAGCCAUCGACUGCCUGGACGAGCCAUGCCUAUGAAUUGUGUCGUGUCGUGUCGUGUCGUGCCGCGUCGUGUUGUUUGUCCGAACGAACAGCAAACCAAAAAGGGAUUCCGGUGCGUCGACGCUGCCCCCCAUCCCUCCCCUCCUGCCGCUGUGCUGUCCGCAUCGAUGGACAGACAGUACAACGGGGGGAAACAAGACAGACAGACAGACAGCAAAGCAGUGGAGAAGACCCAAGCAAAGACAUACACAUUCAGAUACAUCGACUGCCGAGUCCGUGUACACCAUCAACUCAUCCCUCCCGCCCGGCCACAUCCUCCCAUCCCCAGCAGUCCAUCCACCCACCCGUGUGUCAAUCGGCCCUUACACAGACAGACAUGUAUGGCCCGGCCCCCUCUAUAAACAAGUACACACAACAGACGGACGGACGGACGGACGGACAGACCGACCGGCCGACCGACCGACCGACCGACCGACCGAUGUGUGACUCACGGUGGGCACCUCCCUCACCUGUACACCACUGAAAAAAGUUGCACGCACACACGACACGCACCUGUGUGUGUGAUGGGGUGCGGCCUGUGUGCGUGCGUUGCGACAGCCCCCCCACCCCCCCUGCUGUGUGGUGUUGGUCUGUCUAGCCAGUCAGAACGACGGUCUUGCUGGGGUCCUUGGUGCGGUGGGCCUUCAGACCAGCGGUGCUCGGCAGGCGUGUCUUCUCGAGCUGCUCCUCGGCCACAGCAGCCUCAGUGUUGUCUAUCUGCUGCACAACAGGCUGUGGGGCAGCAGGCGCCUCCUCGAUGGUGGGAUCACGGUCCUCUUGCUCGCGAGGCUGCUGCUCCUGCUGUGGUUGCUGCUGGUGCAGGCGGGGGACUGUGAUGGUGAGCAACCCGUUGGCGUCAGCCGAUGCAAGCACGCCCUGACCUCCCGUGCAGCCGCAGUCUGCGUCACGAGGCAGCUGAACACACACACACACACUCUCCUCACCGUUUUAUCAGCGCCCCUCUCUGCCUCCCUGCUAACCUGCUCGACGAUCUCGAGGAUGGAGAGGGAGCCGCCCAUGGCGUCACCGUCGUUGCUGGCGUAGCGGAUCCGCAGCAUCUUGUCGUGCGACACGGCCACAUCCACGUCCUUGUCGUCCACCACACCCGAGCUGCCCACAGGCAGCUGAAUCUGGUAUGUGUAGGCCUGGGGGGUCUCGUCGAUCAGAGAGAGAGAAGGCACGGAGCCGCGGAAGGCGAAGGGCGAGUGACGGAGGCCGAUGUUCAUGUCCAGGAGGGGUGUGAUGGACAGCCGGGGCAUCCGGAGGCGGUCCAGGCUGAGCAGAGAAGGCAGCUGCACCGUCAGCUCAUCCACGUCGCUGAAUAUCGACCUGACGCACAACAGAACACAGCGAACAGGCAGUUCGGGUGUGUACGGUAGGUACGUGAGAACAAGUCCACUCUGUGUGUGGCCAGCACCUGAAGCUGUCCAUGGGGGAGGAGAAGACUGACUUGAGCUGCGCGCUCCGGGCGGCAUCGCGCGAGGCGAAGCACGCACCAGCGAGGGACAGCAGAACAAACGCACGCAUCAUCUUCACUUUUGUGUGUCCGAGAAUCGUGUCUUGCCUGUUG